AUGACCAUUAAUAUUGUCCAACUUAAAAAGGAGUCUCUCCACCAAAGAAUGUGUGAGGGACUGCAGCACAUGUCUGAGUCAGUCUUUGUGGCAAUGUGUGGGAUAGCGGGGAUCUCACAACAGAUUACCAUCAGAAGGGAGACCGAAGAUGUCAAGGAGAUGGUGGAGAGACGACUGGCACCUCAUGAUGGGAUUAUUGGGAUGGUGAGUGGCAGUUUCAGAGAAGGGUUCAGAUUGAUUGGAUCAGAUAUUGACUGGAUGUUCUGGCAAAGCAACCACCGAGUGAUCAUGGACAUGUCUCAGUCUGAGUAUUACAACACAGCCAAUACAACCUUGAUUCUCUCUGACAGUUCUGAGAGUCCACCAGGAUUCACUUUACUACAGUUACUGACAACAACAACGGACAGAAAAGUCCAGUCAGCAUGUUUUAGAAUGAAUAACAGAUUCUAUAUAUCUAGUUCUAUGUACAGACAAUUAACUUGUUCAGCAGUAAUGCCUAAUUCUACUGAACAUGGACCCUGUGGUAGUGGUAAUAUAGCAGGGAUAUUAGAAUAUGACACUGCUUACUGUUUUGUUUGUGACUUUUGGCCUCAGUCUGCCUCCCCAUGGAUAGACAGAUGUCACUCAUGGCCUGAUCCUGAAGUUGUUCAUGAUAUUGUCAGAAAUGGGUGUCACUUUGUAGCAAUAGGACACCCAUUAGGACCAAAUGAAAACCUACAGUGGAGAAUUUCUUUUUCUCUGGCGGAAUAUAAACUUGUGUACUCAAUGAACCACAGUCAGUUUUUGAUAUACGGAUUGUUAAAAUGUUUUUUAAAAGAAGUGAUCAAUCAACAAUCAGAAGAAACCAAUAAACUAUUGUGUUCCUAUCACAUGAAGACAGCCGUUUUUUGGGCAAUUCAACAAAACACACUACCUCACUGGUGUCCACAAAAUCUCCUGGCUGGUUUUUGGAUAUGCUUUAAACUUCUCCUUAAAUGGGUGUAUAAGGGGAUCUGUCCAAACUUUUUCAUCCCACAAAACAACCUGUUUCUGGCAAAGGUCCAUGGCCCAACACAAAACAGAUUGUUCUUACAGUUACAUGAAUUAUACAAAAAAGGUAUUGCCUGUCUGUUAGGGUGUUCUUCUAUCAGGUCCUACAUCACUGAUAUCCUGUAUAAUCCUAGACUUUUGAUUUGUACAAAUGAGAAUGUGAUGAGGCCUGAAGUUGAUUUUGAUCUAGAACUUCUCAGACAAUGUUUAGUAGUUGAGAUUUCUAUCGUAAACUUUCAACUUUUAAAAGCUAUAAAAAUAGUAGAGCAGUUGGUAAAUUCUCCUCUGCAUCAGUAUCAAGAUGCCAUUUUACGGAGUUUGUCAUCCACCUUCUUUAAAAAUACUGCAUUUAUAUUAAAUAACAUGUACACUAUCGCAGUUGUUAACAAACAUGUAUAUAUUGCUAACAAAAUAUGCUGUCUCAUGCUGAAAUUAGCUGCCAGGUUUGGAUGUAUAUCCGAUAUGUUGUACAUCGCCAUGUUUUAUUACAAGACACUCAGAUACAGGGAAGCUUUAUCUGUUAAAGAGAUGACAAAGGUCAAGUUAGCACAGCCUUAUCUAAUGUAUAAUGGAUGUGUACACAGAGAGAGGUUUACGGAGGCUGUAGGGGGGCAGUCCUGGUCUACAAAGAUGAGACAGGCUGUAGCAAUGGAUAUCAAACUUUACAAUGAUAUCUGUUAUAUCAGUGAACUAAUACCAGAACAACAGUCUGCUCUACAGAACAAGUGGCCUGUUUUAAUUAUCCCAUUAUUUGUAAUGUUACACUUCCUAAAGUUCUUGUGUUACAGACACAUUGAUACAACAUUAUCACAAGCAGCUCUAAAUGAGCUACAGGUCCUAGUCCACCAUGAUCAGGGACUGUAUGUACUUGAUAUAUACAGAGACAUCUCCUGGGAAAUCCUGGGGAUCUGUCAACAGAUCACAGGGAACCUCCAGGCUGCUCUAUACUCAUACCAACAGUCACUCACACAGUAUCCAUUUCACAAAAUACAAACUGCUACACAGAGGAGAAUACAGGAUGUGAUUCAGUCCGUACAACUACAGUAAACAAACACUAUGUCUUGAUUGGAAAAUAAGAACAUAUUUAUGCUGGGUAUGAUUAAUUUCCACACAGAAAAAUAAUUAUGUUCAGGGGAACAUCUCCAGAUUAACAUUUAUUUACUAGAAACAUCAAUAUUUAUAUUUGAUCAGUGCAAAGUGGUUUAAUAUAAAAAUAUAAUGUUGUAUCAAUGUGUCUGUUAUUGUUGUACUUGUUCUUAUGGUUAAUUAAACAAUAUCCAACUCAAAAAAUUAUUUUAAUCAUAAGUUCACAUUGAAAUAUUAUUUUGAAUUAUUUCAGUGAUCCUCAAAUUUUUUUUCAUGUUUUUGUUGCAAUACCUAAAAAAAUCUAUAAAUAAUAUAGCGAUUCCCAUUGUAUUAUAUGUAUUUAUAACAUAAUAUUUACAUAUUCAAAGAAUCUUCGCCACUCUUAAAAAAUCCACUAUAUUUUAUUUGUGUUUUUUUUUUUUUGCCAACGAUGAAAAAUUAGUUUUUAACUACAGGUACAUGUAGUUUAAAUCGAUUUGUUUGCUUUCGAAUGUACAAACCUUAAGUUUCAAAUGCAUUGUUACAUGUAAUGUCAACUCUAACACCUAAAAUAAAUAUUGUA